CUGUCGCGGCCGAGUGGUCGGGACGGUGGAGGUGAAAUGCAGACGAAGGGAGAGAUUCACACCUUGGCGAGAGGCGAAGUGGCCGCCGCCUGGGCCCUGGAAGUGGCCGGCUAUCCCGCGGAAGAGGCGGCCAGUUUAGAGACGCUGGAAUACAGGCAGAGGGAGGCGGGGGAGUUGUUCCUGGGGAAUUUUAUCAAUGGGAAGCUGAUCGGAUUUAUCUGUGGGACUCGUUCAGUUGUGGACCAUCUCACUGCAAGGUCUAUUGAAGUCCAUGAACCCACGGGGACCACCGUCUGCAUUCACUCGUUGUGUGUGGACCCUGUGCAGCGACGCCAUGGAAUCGCCCUGCGCCUGCUCCGGCACCUUGUGGAGACCGUACCUCGCGCCCAUCCCACUGUGAGGAGGAUCUGUCUCAUCAGCCACCAGCACCUCCUGCCCCUCUACACCAAGGCUGGCUUCACCGUGCUUGGCCCUUCCUCUGUGACUUAUGGUCCCGACCCCUGGUACGAAUGUGCCAUUGACCUAAGCUGACAGCCACCAGCUCACGGAAAGUGGCCAAACAAGUCGAUAGGGUGGUAAAGAAGGCGUAUGGCAUGCUUGCCUUCAUUGGGUGGGGCAUUGAAUAUAAGAAUUGGGGCAGGGGAGGAGCGAUGGGAAGCCUGGGGAAAAAUAAGGAAAAACUUGGGGCAGCUGUCAUAAGGCAAGCAGAGAUCUUGUCUGGCUAUCUUGGGAAUUCAUGGCACAUAGAACAGCACAGGAACAGGUCCUUCAGCCCACAAUGUCUGUGCCAAACACGAUGCCAAAUUAAACUAUUAUGCCUGCACGUGAUCCAUACCCCUCCAUUCCCUGCAUAUUCGCGUGUCUAACAGCCUCUUGAACACCACUAUCGUAUAUGCUUCCAUCAGUCGACCCAGGCCCCUGCACAUCUUCAAACUUUCCCGCACGUCUCAUGUCCUCUAAUACUUUACACAUCUACUCUGGGAAAAAGAUUCUGACUAUCUACCCUAUCUAUGCCUCUCAUAAUCUAUAAACUUCUAUCAGGUCUCCCCUCAGCCUCUGACACUCCAGAGAAAACAAGUUUGCCCACCCUUUCCUCAUAGCACAUGCUCUCUAAUCCAGGCAGCAUCCUGGUAAACCUCUCCUGCACCUUCUCCAAAGCCUCCACAUUCUUCCAAUAAUGGGGUGACCAGAAUUGAAUGCAGUACUCCAGAUGUGGCCUCGUCAAUUGUGGCCUUUUGCCCAUCAUCCGUUUCAACUAUUGUUGUGGUGUCUUCGUCACUGGGCCAUAAGUCAGUAUCUCUCCCCACUGCCUCACUUUUUCUCUUUUAAAACCUCUCUCUUUGACCAAGCUUAUGGUCAAUAUCUUCCUGUCAAAUUUAGUUUGAUGAUCCUGUGAAACACCUUGGGGGAUUAGUAUAUAAGAAUGUAACAUUAACGUAGGCUCCUGCACUUGGAUAGCCUGCCCCUCUGUAGUCACACAGUUUAGUCCUUGGCAUGAAUAAACAGUGUUGGUGUACAGUUAUGCGGUAAUAAACUCUUACAGG